GCGGUGCAUUUGGGCGCUCCGUCCGACAGAACGGUUGGGCCUUGUCGGCUGUCGCUAUGUCGCGACAGAGCACCCUGUACAGCUUCUUCCCCAAGUCUCCGGCGCUGAGUGAUGCCAACAAGGCCUCGGCCAGGGCCUCUCGCGAAGGUGGCCGUGCCGCCGCUGUCCCCGGGGCCUCUCCUUCCCUAGGCAAAAAAAAAAACUGGAGCGAGGCUGGGCCUGGGCCCAGGCCCUCGGCGCGCUAAAAAAAAAAACCUAAGGCGAAGAACCUCAACGGAGGGCUGCGGAGAUCCGCAAAAAAAAAAACCCCCACCAGUUGUGACUUCUCACCAGGAGAUUUGGUUUGGGCCAAGAUGGAGGGUUACCCCUGGUGGCCUUGUCUGGUUUACAACCACCCCUUUGAUGGAACAUUCAUCCGCGAGAAAGGGAAAUCAGUCCGUGUUCAUGUACAGUUUUUUGAUGACAGCCCAAAAAAAAAAAAGGUUAGCAAAAGACUUUUAAAGCCAUAUACAGGUUCAAAAAAAAAAAAAGCCCAGAAGGGAGGUCAUUUUUACAGUGCAAAGCCUGAAAUACUGAGAGCAAUGCAACGUGCAGAUGAAGCCUUAAAUAAAGACAAGAUUAAGAGGCUUGAAUUGGCAGUUUGUGAUGAGCCCUCAGAGCCAGAAGAGGAAGAAGAAAAAAAAAAAGGACAAUUGCAAGUAGGCACAACUUAUGUAACAGAUAAGAGUGAAGAAGAUAAAAAAAAAAAAAGUGAAGAGGAAGUACAGCCUAAGACACAAGGAUCUAGGCGAAAAAAAAAAAAAAUAAAAAAACGAAGGGUCAUAUCAGACUCUGAGAAACUGAACCGAUGGGAUACAGCCUUAAAAAAAAAAAAGGCUCGAAAGACUGGACUUAUUACUCCCAAAGCAGGCUUUGACUCUGAUUAUGACCAAGCUCUUGCUGACAUAAGAGAAAAUGAACAGAGCCAAAAAAAAAAACUAGAGAAACAGCGCAACAGAAUUGGCUGUAGGACCAUAGUAAAAAAAAAAAUCGGUAGGAACCGUUACCAGUUGGAAAUUCCUGAGAAUUUCAAAAAAAAAAAUUUGCCAGAAGAAUACGAAUUGAAAUCUACCAAGAAGGGCUAA